AUGACUAUGAGGGAUCCCCAUGGUAAACGCCAGUAUGGGCUUAUGCAGCAGUCUAAGCGCGCGCGUGGUCUUCUUCAGCAUGAGUUCAUGGACUUCGCGGACCUCCCGCGAACGUCGGAAGGUCAUGCUUACCUGCUAUUGAUGGUUGACCAGCUAACAGACAUUGUCCUGCUCAAGCCUUUUAAAUCCAAGAGCAGCAGGAGGGUGAAGCAUUUCCUCCAGAAAGAGCCUAAGAUGUACACGGUGGACCAGGAUAAGGUCCUGGACUGCGGGAGAUCCGAGAUUUUGCCGGCAGCCAAGGCAGUAAGGUGGAUCCGGCUACAACUGACCACCACCAAGGCAAUGGGGCAGCGGAGGCAGUCGUGA